GCAAAAUGAAGGACCGGCUAGCAGAACUUCUGGAGUAUUCCAAGCAUUAUGACCAGCAGUUCCCUGAUGAAGACGACUUUGACUCACAGCACAAGGACAUCGUGUUCGAGACGGACCACAUCCUGGAGUCCUUGUACAAAGACAUCCAGGACCUUCAGGUUCAAAACCAGCUGCUGAUGGCCGACGUGAAGCGGCUGGGGAAGCAGAACGCCCGCUUCCUCACGUCCAUGCGCCGCCUCAGCAGCAUCAAGAGGGACACCAACUCGAUCGCCAAGGACAUCAAGGCGCGGGGCGAGGACAUCCACCGCAAGCUGCGCGCCAUGAAGGUGCUAAGCGAGAAGGCCGAGGCCCAGCACGGCGAGAACUCGGCCUUGGCGCGCAUCUCCAGUGCACAGUACAGCGCGCUUACCCGCGCCUUCCAGGACGCCAUGUACGAGUACAACCAGGCCGAGAUGAAGCAGCGUGCCAACUGCAAGAUCCGCAUUCAGCGUCAGCUCGAGAUCAUGGGCAAGGACGUCUCCGGUGACCAGAUCGAGGACAUGUUUGAGCAGGGCAAGUGGGACGUGUUCUCUGAGAACCUACUGGCCGACGUGAAGGGUGCGCGGGCAGCGCUCAACGAGAUAGAGAACCGCCACCGGGAGCUGAUGCGCCUGGAGAGCCGCAUCCGCGACGUGCACGAGCUCUUCCUGCAGAUGGCGGUGCUGGUGGAGGAGCAAGCGGACACUAUGAACGUCAUCGAGCACAAUGUGCUCAAGACCCUUGACUACACGGGCGAGGCCAAGGCGCACGUGCGCAAGGCCGAGGCAUACACGAAGAAGAACCCCUGCCGGACCAUCUGCUGCUUCUGCUGCCCCUGUCUCAACUAACGGCUGGC